CCUGCGCAGAAGCCUGGAGCGGUGCCUGGGGCUGGGAGUCUCUGGUUCUCGGGUUGGGGCUGUUCUGCAGCGUGAAUUCGGCCGCUUACUUCGGGUCCCCCCCCGCUUUGCUCGGGUCGGGCACCAGGAUCCAUCAUGAACCGAUGCGCGGAGGCGGCCGCUGUGGCGGCUACGGUGCCGGGUUCGGGCGUCGGGGACGCCGGGCUGCGGCCACCCAUGGUACCUCGCCAGGCGUCCUUCUUCCCGCCGCCGGUUCCCAACCCCUUCGUCCAGCAGACGAGGAUCAGUGCGGCCCGACGGCUGCAGAUGAUUCUUCUUGGAAUUAUUCUGCUUCCAGUCCGUGCUUUACUGGUUGGGUUAAUUUUGCUCCUGGCAUGGCCAUUUGCUGUAAUUUCAACAGCAUGCUGCCCUGAAAAGCUGACCCACCCAAUAAGCGAUUGGAGGAGGAAGAUCACUCGGCCUGCUUUGACCUUUCUGGGUCGCGCCAUGUUCUUCUCCAUGGGGUUUGCGGUUACCGUGAAGGGAAAGGUGGCCAGCCCCCUGGAAGCUCCCAUUUUUGUUGUGGCUCCUCAUUCUACGUUCUUCGACGGAAUCGCCUGUGUAGUGGCCGGGCUGCCCUCUCUGGUGUCACGGAAUGAGAACGCACAGACCCCUCUGGUAGGCAGACUGUUACGGGCUUUGCAGCCAGUUUUGGUAUCCCGUAUUGACCCAGAUUCCCGGAAAAACACCAUCAAUGAAAUAAAACGGCGAGCGACUUCAGGAGGAGAAUGGCCCCAGAUACUAGUUUUCCCAGAAGGUACUUGUACUAAUCGCUCCUGUUUGAUUACUUUUAAACCAGGAGCCUUCAUCCCAGGAGUUCCAGUGCAGCCUGUCCUCCUCAGAUAUCCCAACAAGCUGGAUACUGUGACCUGGACGUGGCAAGGAUAUACAUUCAUCCAGCUGUGUGUGCUCACUUUCUGUCAACUCUUCACGAAGGUGGAAAUUGAGUUUAUGCCCGUGCAAGUACCGAGUGAGGAAGAGAAGAGUGACCCUGUCCUUUUUGCCAGUAGAGUCCGGAACUUAAUGGCAGAAGCUUUGGAGAUACCAGUGACGGAUCACACGUACGAAGACUGCAGGCUGAUGAUCUCCGCAGGGCAACUCACCUUGCCUAUGGAGGCCGGGCUGGUAGAAUUUACUAAGAUUAGCCAGAAACUGAAAUUAGACUGGGAUGGCAUCCGGAAGCACUUGGAUGAAUAUGCGUCUAUUGCGAGCUCCUCCAAAGGAGGCAGAAUUGGCAUUGAGGAGUUUGCAGAAUACUUGAAGCUACCUGUUUCUGAUGUCCUGAGGCAACUUUUCGCACUCUUUGACAGGAAUAAUGACGGCAGUAUUGAUUUCCGAGAGUAUGUGAUCGGCCUGGCUGUCUUGUGCAACCCUGCCAACACAGAAGAGAUCAUCCAGGUGGCAUUUAAGCUCUUUGAUGUUGAUGAGGAUGGCUACAUCACGGAGGAGGAGUUUUGCACCAUUCUUCAGGCUUCUCUCGGAGUGCCGGACCUUAAUGUUUCUGGUCUCUUCAGAGAAAUUGCCCAAGGAGACUCUGUUUCCUAUGAGGAAUUCAAAAGUUUUGCCCUAAAGCACCCAGAAUAUGCCAAGAUAUUUACAUCAUACUUAGACCUCCAGACAUGCCAUGUAUUUUCAUUGCCAGAAGAAGUCCAGACUGCUCCCCCUGUUGCUAGUAAUAAAGUCAGUCCUGAGAACCAUGAGGAGGGCACCUCAGACAAAAAGGUUGACUGAGCCAGUGCUCCCUGCGAGGAAAGGCGACACUGGAAGUGUUCAUUGACCACGUUGUGGGUGUGCUUAUCAACUAAUGUUGUUCACAAAUUGAAAGCUUUUUUUUUUUUUUACUAAAAUGACGUAUUUUGUUCCUAAAAUGUUUUUUAUUAACCUGCCUGUAUCGAAUAAGUUCCUUUUGUCUUAGAUUGUGCCCUACUGAUUUUGUUGACUGAUGAUAAGUACUGUAUAUUUUUAAUGAAUUUUUCAGUUUAAUUUUCAUAAUAAAUCCAUUGGUCUUACUCUGCGCUGGUCAGCAUGAAUCAACACCGUGUGUUUAGCAAGUACAAACAAUUUUCUGUCCUUUCACAUGUGAUAAUGUAUGUUUUCUCUGAUUCCUUCCCUUUCUGGAAGCAAGCAUGGGAAUCUGAAAAACACUGCAGAAUUUUGUAUCCAUCUUUUCUGGCUUACACUUCCAUUUAAAGUUCAGCUUCCUGGCUGAUACUUUCUAAGUGCAUGCACUCCCCUGGACUUGCUUCUCCGGGACAGGUUUCUUUAAAACGCCCAGCGAAGACAGCAGAUCCUUUUACACUCUCCAUAGUAUAGAAGGGACCGUGUUUUAAAGAUAAUUGCGGUGGGCCACAAGCUGGGAAUCGCCUUAUCGAGGAGCACAGUGAUUGCCUAAUGGGAAAAUGAAUUGUUUGCUACAGAGCUGAAUUGAAUUUAAGCUGGCUGGUUCCGAAGAUAGCACUUUCCCAAUAAACUAAUCAGAUUUGUUCUUUUUACAUAAUGGCCAAAUUGGUGUAUUUUACCGUACGGUCCAAGAGGGAGCUUUGUUCUGUUUAUCUUUCCCCUCAAACUUUAGAGUUUGUCAGAAAUAUCCACAUGGAAAAGAGAAGCUUCCAGCAUGUCGCCAAGAGCCAAGGAAUCAAAAAGCUUCAUUUGUUACCGUGGGGCUCUAUCUCCCCCCCAGGCAGGAAUACCACCUAAGCUCAGCAAAAAUGUCUUCAAAUGACGCCUUUGCUGGGACCCAUGUCUUCAUCCUCUUGCUAUUACUUACAUUUGAGGUCUUAAAUAAAGAACCAAUUUAUUAAAAGAAUGCCCAAAAAUAAUUGGUUCCUUUGGUACCAAAUUCUUUGCUCUGGCUGGGUUUUGGAAUCAGUUACAGUCAGCGAUAAGCUAGAGAUUUUAAGGUUGGUUUUGAGGCUCAGGAGUCCCCUGAAAGUAUUGGAGACUGUAUUUAAUCAAAAGCUGUGGUUUUAAACUACUUUCGCACAUGAAGCAGGUGUGCUCUAAAUACAUACUUGGAUAAUUGAACACCACAAUUCCAUCCUUAAGUAUAUGUAAUUAUUUGCCUCUCAUAUGUCUUAGAGCAUUUUAAAAGGUGUUAGAAGAACUGAAGCAAUUGCUUAAUUAGUUAUGCUAAGUAAUGUUUACACUGGUGUCUGCUAUACACAGUGAUACAUGCACUCAGGUGAUCACAGAGAGCCCAGAGCCCACAUGGGAAUCUGCUAAUCCUCAGCGAGUAGCUUCAGGAAUUAAAGGCUCUCUAUGAGUCUCUCAAAAUUGAUCCCAUAAUUUCCCUGGUUUUACACUUCCACUUCUAUUAGUAUGGUAUUUCUAUUUUAUGAAUAAAUUUGCAAUGUAAUAUUUGACAA